GUCAUGGUCAAGUGUAUACUACUCAGUCCUUACUUUAGAAAACAAGUUAUUAUCACUGGCAUUACAAGUUAACAGAUUCCUCCAGUUUCAAGGCAUAAAAGUUACAAACUCGGUUUGCGUCGAUGAACACGUGGCUAUUUAACUUCAAAAACCUAAUGUGACCGAUAUCCCGAGUCUUCUGAUCGUCCUAGAUUGUACAAACUCCAAUACACACUGGCGCUGGUGGCUCAUGGCCACGAGUAUAACAUGUAUUGUUCUCUAUGUUAGUAUGGUCGUUGCUUCUGGGCUCGUCUCCAACGACUGAGAUUGUCCACCUGUAUGAUGGCCCUGAAGCCUCAUUACAAUUCUCCUGACUGGGAUGUGGCAUGAAAGUCUUAAGCCUGUACAAAGCCCUUUGCAUCGUCCUCAACUUUUGCUUUAGCCAAACAGCAGUUACUAGUUCACGACCAAUAACACACCUACACUCUUGCAAUGUCAAGCACGUACGAAGUGUGUCGCCCUGGUGGUAGACGUUACAAGAGCGUCGCAACCCAAUUCUCCAGACAGUGGAAACAUCCUACAUCUGCGAAGCCUAGAUACAAAUCCAUCGUAAGGAUCGUCAAGGUCACGCCUCCAAGUAACUUGCGUUUACGGUACAAAAAAUAUCGAACCAACCUUGAAAAGAGAGGGAAGUUUACUCGCAGGAAAAUGAGACCCGGGAAUGAACGCAGGAGGUGGCAUGGCACGCUCUGCCGUAAUUGUCAAUUCCUACGGCAAAAGCUACCCCCGAAAGGUCGUACCCAACCCACUCAAGCUUGUGUCAUUUGCAGUAUUAUCAACACUGGUCUUCGUAAGCCUAAACCUCGAACGCCUAGUGACGAAAAAUGGGGUUUUGGAAUAUAUUUCAGCGCAACUUCGUCUAAAUCCGAUGAUUAUACAGGACCACGAGUGAAUGGUCAGGCGAAACCUGCGAAAGGUGUUAGGGCCCUCAUACUCUGUGCUGUUGCGGUUGGCAGAGCGCUUAAAGUGAAGCGCUAUUAUAAAACCAUUGUACAUGCACCAAGGGGAUACGAUUCGGUCAUAGGAGAUCCGAAAGUCUUUCGGGGUCUAAAUUAUGAUGAGCUCGUAACAUACGACAUCGCAUCGUGCUUGCCCUCUUAUGUGGUGGUGUAUCAAUGAGUACUCUGCUACUGCAGGACCUUUACUGGCUACAAACGUGAUCCACAAAUCUGGGUUUACACCAAUACGUUUUAUCUUUCCACGAAUGGCCUUUCCACAACGAUGUCGCGUGGAUAUCACAGAUAUCCAGCUAUGGCUUCUAUGCCCCAGGCUCCAUUAAAGUUCAUUGCUUGUCACAUUACGGAAUGCAGUUUAUACAGAUAUUUCAUAAGAUCUAAACCGGGGUGUCCGACCUAGCGCUGGUGGGUGUCCGUACCGCAUCACUGAUGGUAUUUCUUUUUCAGGAACGGAUGUUUUGUUGAUUCAGGACUAUUCUGGCCGAUGUCAACGUGAAAGGAAGAGGAAGAUCCCGAACACGAGCUGAACAUGUGUCUGUACUCGGGUUCAACAUAUGGCUGAUGGCCGUGCAAUUUACCCACUUCCAGUCAGCUACCUUGGGUCUGCGUUGAUCUCAUUCUUGUGCAAAGAACUACAGCCAUCUAUCAACAUAUUAUUAUGAAAGGUCGAGGUGGAUACCGAAUAUGCCCUCCAUACGGCAGGCGAUACAAGAGCGUGGUGAAUCAGUUUGCAAAGUCAUGGAGGCAUCCCAGAUCCAAAAAAUCAAGGUACAACAAGGUCAUAAGAGUCGUUCAAGUAAAGCCUCCCUAUCAUUUACGACUAAGAUACAACAAAUUCAAGUCUCGACUUGAGAAAAGAGGUAAAUUCAGCCGAAGAGGUUUGCAGCGUGGUAACGAACGCAGGAGGUGGCAUGGCACUUACUGUCGCAAUUGCAAAUUUUUGAAGAACAAUCUUGCCAAAGACGGCCACUGCGAGCCCAGCCAGAAAUGUGUUAUUUGCAGUAUCAUCAAUACAGGUUUCCGCAAACCAAGGCCCAAACCUGGCAGACCUGAGAAGUAUGUACUUCAGUUCUACCAGCUCAAAAUCUGACGACUACACUGGAGUGAGACAGAAUGGCAUGGCAAAACCAGCCAAAGGUGUCAGAGCAUUAUUACUAUGUAAAGUUGCCGUCGGACGUGGAUGCAAAGCAAGGCGGUCACACCCACGUAGAACACGUGCACCCAAGGGGUUUAAUUCGAUUCUUGGGGUGCCUGGGGUUACUCCUAAUUUGAACUACGAUGAGCUAGUUACAUACGAUAUUGCUCAGAAUACGCCAGCCUAUGUGAUCAUCUAUUCCUAAAGAUGCAUGGCAAGGUCUAUGAUCAGUCGUUUUCCCCUUGUAUUUUUCUAUGGCUUAUCUUCAAUAAUAUCUGAAUACAGGAGUCGAUUCUCCGUCUUGGCAAGAC